GUGUCUCCAGUUCUGGGCAUCAUCGCAGGAACGUUGAUCCUGCUCUUUGUGAAUGAGCCAAGGAGAGGAGGACGCAGCAGGGCCAGCAUCUCCUGCUCCUCCUGGAUCUGUGACAUAAAAGCACUGCUCAGAAACAGCUUCAUCUUUGGGACCAUCACCUGCGUGACAGGGCUGCUGGGCGUGGUCAUCGGCUUCGCCACCACUCGCUUCUGUCGCAAGAAGACCGACCGGGCCGACCCGCUGGUGUGUGCUGUCAGCAUGCUGGGCUCGGCCAUCUUCAUCUGCCUCAUCUUUGUGGUGGCCAAGAAGAAUAUCUACGGAGCUUAUGUGUUUGUCGUUAUUCCGACACGAAGAGCAACAGCGGUGGCCUUUCAGAGCUUCACCUCUCAUUUACUGGGUGACGCUGUCAGUCCAUGGCUCAUAGGCCUGAUCUCUGAUGAACUUCAGCAGAGCUACGCCACCUCAGCGCUCUGGCAGUUCCUCAGCCUGGGCUAUGCCCUCAUGCUGUGCCCCUUCAUCGUGGUCCUGGGGGGCAUGUUCUUCCUGGCCACGGCGCUGUUUUUCCUGGACGACAAGGAGAAGGCAGACAAGCAGUUGAAUCAGCUAACCCGUCCGCCCUCCUCAGUCAAGGUAUGACCAGGUAAAUCACCUGCUUUUGACACAUUUGAC